UGUAUCGCAGGAGGCAGCAGCUAAAAAACCGCCGACUCCGCCCAGCAGCCGCAAGCCGCCGCCCCCCCUCUCGCUCCCUCGCUCGUCCGCCGCGAACUUCGAGCCUGCGCUGCAAUGGCGAAAGGCGACGACGCGGUCCAGAGGAAGAAGAACAAGACCAACCGGAAGAAGCUCCAGAAGAAGCAGGACUCGUCGACCGUCUCCGCCCGCGUCGCCGCCAUCAUCGCCGCCAAGAAGCGGCGCAAGUCCGGCAAGCGCCGCGCCUGCCAGGGUAUGUGUUUCAGUCUUCCUACUCCAGAUAAUCCAUUCAAUGACCAACAUGGUAAGGACGGUUUGAGUAAAGAUAUCAAAAAUGGAAAGAGCGCUAAAUCAAGGAAAGCAGCUUCGGAAAGGAAUGAUAAUGGUGCUGAUCCUGUACCAAAUACGGGAAAUAACACAAAACGUCUCAAGAAAGAGCAGGAGAGAGAACUAACUUCUGAUGGUAAGCCUAUGAAAAGAUGUAAUACAGACGGCAAGGUGAUUAAGAAGAACGAUUCUCAAGGCCAACAAGGUCCUGCUUGGCAGAACUCUUGCUCGUCUAAGUUUCUUACACUGUGCCUGAAGACGUUGGAGGAUGCGUUGUGGCAUGAAAAUGCUCAGAAUGGUGACACAAUCAACCCUUUGUUUGUUAAUGCCUGGGGAAUCGAAUUCUGGAAACUUUAUGCAUCUGGCAAAGAUAUUCUAGAGACGAGUGGUGUUUGUUCUUCGGCUAAACAAAUUGCCUGGAUUGUGUCCAUUGCUGCUGAUACUUUUGCAAGGAAGGAGAAAGAAGGUCUAUCCUUAACCAGCCCUUUCCUUUUAUAUCUUGUGCCAACAGCUGAGAAAGCUGCUGAGGUACGUGCUAUUUGCAAGCCCUUAAAGGCUCUUGGUAUACAUACUGUGAGUAUACAUUGCGGCACCUCUAUAGAUCAUCAAAUUCACGGGUUGACAAGCUGUGAGCCUGAGUUUCUUGUGUCGACACCUGAGAGACUUUUGGAGCUUAUUACCUUGAAGGCCAUUGAUAUAUCUCAAACCUCCUUGCUGGUUGUUGACGGGGUCAAAACUCUUUCUGAAGGUGCUUAUCUUGAUGUGAUCAAAUCUGUGAGACAAUUCAUUUCUGGAAAUCCUCGAACAGUGGCUUUCAAUGAUUGCCUUGAUGGUCCAUGCACUGCAACUUUGCAAAAUCUUAUGAAUGGACCUAUUGAAAGAUUGUCUCUUAAUGAUACCAUCACUCCGUGCAUCGUCCAGUCUGCAAACAUCUGCACCUCAGAAGGAGAAAAGCCAUUAAAGCAAGAGGAAGCCCGUAAUUCCUGUUGUCUCAAUUGAGCAACUCGUGACUGUUGAUGCAGGACACUUUGAGGCGGUAGUAUUGCCCGACGUUGUGCCAUUGAUUGAUACUUUUGUCAGUGUUUUGACGAGAAUGGCUCUAACUUCUGUCAACGGGAUGUUUCACAGUUUCCUCAUGGAAGAAAAUGCACUGACUCUUGGAACCAUUGAUCAAAAUGCUUGAGCAGUUUCGUCAAGUUGUACCUGAAACCUUGAGAGACUUGGCUCUAUUGUCUUCAAGAAUGGAUGAGUAGAGUCAGUUCCAACCUUCAAACCUUACUGUCAUAUCUUGAUGCAGCUUGAUGAAUUGAGAAGCACAUUAGUUUUUUUUUUUUUUUUUUUUUUCUUUGGGGGGGGCGGCUUGGGGCGGCUUGGGUUCAUGUGAGGCACAUCAUUGUAACUGUAAACCAUACGACCAAUUCGUUCGAUUUUUACUUUUAACUAUUUAUUGAAGCGCCUUCUGAUUGAACUUGACACCAAA